AUGUAUUACAUGACAUCUACUCAGAGUUACGCUCGCCGCAUUCAGUGUCCCUACCCGGGCUGUAAACACUGGCUAAAAUCUGUGUCUGGGCUGAAAGUUCAUCAAAACUCGGCACAUGGCCACUCAUUUACUCGUUCUGCUCAGUUGUCAUGCACUCAACGUGCUUCGGUUGAAGAAAUUCAAGAUGAAGGAGACACUCCGAGACGUACGAACACUGAUGCGGCGCUGCAGGAGUCAAAGUCUGGGCUCAUACAUGAUUAUCAUGACCUUCUGACUGGUCGUAUUUGUGACGAGAACGGCAAUUUUCUUGAUCCCAGCACUCCUCCACCACCCUACACAGCACAAAGUUCUAAUGACUGGACUCCGUAUCACAACCGACUAGAGUUUGAGUGUGCCGAAUUUAUGUACACUAAAAACCAGAUGUCUGCUGGUGACAUUGACAAAAUCCUCCACUUGUGGGGGGUCACUCUCGCUGUUCAUAACAAUAACUCACCAUUUGCCGACCACAGGGACUUGUACAAGACUAUUGACGCCACACCACUAGGUGAUGUCGCCUGGCAAAGCUUUUCUCUCCAGUAUAAUGGCAAUAAACCAGCUGGACAGUGUCCGCUAUGGAUGGAACAGUCACACGAAGUCUGGUUUCGGGACCCCCACACUGUCGUCAAGAACAUGCUCGCAAACCCAGAUUUCAAACACUCGAUUGAUUAUAUGCUGUACCGUGAGUCUGAGGAGAAGGGCGAGCAACAUCAUUAUAAGGAUUUUAUGUCAGGAGACUGGGCCUGGCAGCAAGUGGACCAAAUUGUGCAGGAUCUGGAAACGCAUGGUGCAGCUUUUGUUCCCAUCAUUGUUAGCAGUGACAAGACAGCUGUUUCCGUUGCUACCGGUCAAAAUGACUACUACCCACUGUAUCUCUCAAUCGGAAAUGUCCACAACAACAUUUGGUGUUCUCAUCGCAACGCAUUAGCCCUGAUCGGGUUUUUGGCAAUUCCAAAGACUGAAAAAAAGAAUGCAGAUGAUGCAAGAUACCAUAAAUUCAAGAAGCAAUUAUUCCACUCCUCACUGUCAAAGAUCUUUGCUACCCUCAAACCUGGAAUGACAACACCUGAAGUCACAUGUUGUGGUGAUGGACACCACCGGCGCAUUUUAUAUGGACUUGGUCCCUACAUUGCCGACUAUGAAGAGCAGGUGGUACUGGCAUUCCUCCACACUAUUUUCAUUCACAGAUGCCUUGCAUUUCCCUCAACUCUUGAUGAUGGAGGUGUUUCUCGGUCACGCGAACACACUGAUGUGCUUGUGGACUUGGUUGAUUUUGGUGUCCUUUGGGAUGAGUACGGUAUUAUUGGUGAGCUAGUGCCCUUUACAAACGACUUUCCUUGUGCCGACAACCAUGAGCUCCUUGCUCCCAAUAUUCUGCAUCAGCUCAUCAAAGGAACAUUCAAGGAUCACCUCGUUGAAUGGGUGUGGCGUGGAUUCUUUCAUUGGACUGGAGAUGACUCCAAGGCAUUGAUGAAGGUUUACAUACCAGCAAUAGAAGGCCAUGUACCCGAUGAUAUGGUUCGAGCCUUUCGAUCCUUGUUGGAGUUCUGCUACAUCGCACGUGCAAAUGUGGUUACAGAUGAGACUCUUGCGCAGCUGAGGGAUGCUCUUAGGCAUUUUCAUAUACUAGUGGUGUCCGCUUUGACAUUUCCCUACCCUUGCCAACACUCUCUCACCCGCUACAAGCUCCUCAUCCAAAUGUUCGGCACUCUAAAUGGUCUCUGCUCGUCAAUUACAGAAUCCAAACACAUCAAAGCAGUAAAGGAACCAUGGUGGCGUUCAAAUAGGUACAAUGCGCUCCUUCAAAUGCUCUUAACCAAUCAGCGCCUGGAUAAAAUUGCAGCAUCAAGAGUUGAUUUUGCUGCACGUGGUAUGCUUAAAGGCUCUUGCGCCUUUAGUUACUUCAAUUCAUUUUUUGAAAAUCGGUUUGCUAUUGGCAGCGACAACGGGGACUCUGAGGUCCAACAGAACAACAUGGAUGAAGAAAAUAACCCAUUCGCCAUUGAGAGUGACGACUUCGAUGAUGUUGAGGACCAGGGUAUUGUGGAUGAUGUGGAUGUGAUUGCUGAUGUGCAGUCAGCACGGACUUUUCACGAACUCAAGGUGCCAUCACUACCGACCCUCAUCCGUCUCUUCCUAUAUGAUCAAAUACACACAGAUGAUCACCAUUCUUCUGUGGAUGUUCCGCUUUGUGACUGUCCGUCCUAUAUGGGAGCUAUCAAGGUUUUUAAUUCAGCUGCUGUGACUUUCAUUGCACCCAGUGAUCCAAGUGGAAUCACUGGCAUGCACCAUGAGCAUCUCUGUGCUGUACCUUCAUGGCGCAACGGACCAGGCUGCUUUGACUGUGCCUUUGUCAACACAGACGACAGGCAGGAUGAAAUACUAAGCAUGGAUUGGUUCUAUCAGAUCACUGAGGAACGAGACGAAGCUACAGGAAUGUACAUGGUUGCACCAUCUUUUGAUGAGGACAGCUCUCCCAACUUGUCAAUAAUCCAUAUUGACAGUAUUGUUCGCGGUGCUCACUUGCUUCCGAUAUUUGGUACUCAAUUUGUUCCACGGGGCCUUCGAUUCCACCAUUCUCUUGACGUUUUCUGA